AUGAAGUACAUAUCGAACGCAACGGAAACCAAGCAGAUCUUGACUCAAUGGGCCGAGCAUGGCUCUGUAUUCGUUAUCGAGACAUAUUUCUGGAAUCCCGGCACAUUGCUUCAGAAGUCCGAGCAGGGCUUGCUGCAAGCGAUUCUGUACCAGGUUCUAAGCGCUUGCAACGACUUGGUCAGGGUUGCUACGCCUCUGCGAUGGAAGCGAAGCCAUAGGUAUCAACAACAAGAACCAUGGUCGCGAGAUGAACUAUUGGAGGCUUUGAUGAGGGUGCUCGAGCAUCCGAACAACACUGCCUACUUUUGCGUCUUUGUCGAUGGGCUGGACGAGUGCCAGGGCGAUAGAACUAAGCUCGUCGAACUUGUCCAACGACUCGCGCAGACUCCUCGUCUGAAGAUAUGCGCGUCAAGCCGCCCACGGAACGCUUUUCGCGAGCUCUCCGUCGAGUGCUUGGGCUCGUCACUCUCUAUUCAAGACUUCACCGGAGAAGAUAUCCGCCGCUUCGUGCUCGAUGAACUGGGAAAGGCGAUUCGCAGCAAUCCGCAACAUGUGGAGCUCGCAGACGUCAUCGUCUCGAAGGCACAAGGAGUCUUCUUGUGGGUAUUUCUUGUGGUUCGGUCCCUUCGCGAAGGCUUUGGAGAAGGUGAUGGAUUCGAGAUGAUGCACCAGCGGGUCAACGGACUUCCUUCUGAGCUGGAGGAGUAUUACAAACGCAUAUUCGAUGGUUCAGGACCCGUGUAUCAGAGAGAUGCCUGCCGAAUCUUGAAGGUGACUGCUGCAUUUGCUGCGAAGGGCAGGGCGGCGUCGUUCAUCGUAUAUUGGCUUCUCAAGCAGGGUAUAGAUGAUCAAGAUUUCGCAUUCCAGCAAGGUGAGAGGGACCUACAAUUCCAUGAUCUGGCCAGCAUGAUCAUGGAAACACAGAACUUUCUCAAUGCUCGCUGCAAGGACUUCGUUCGAAUGCCGGAUCUAAAGUCGAAUUCGCCCUUUGACGUCGGCAACUACCUAUUGCAGUCUCGAGUGGAAUUCUUGCACAAGACUGCUCUCGACUUCUGCAGCACGGGACACUUG